UCACAAAGGCAACAUCGCUCCCAGUCUCUAGUGUUGUUCUUUGUUCCACACUGGAAGCCAGCUAAGCGAGAGAGCGAGAGAGCGAGAGAGCGAGACUCCAGAUCUCGUUGUUCCUCUUGUCUCUCCAGAUCCGACGUUCUAGUUCUCCAGUUCUGAAAAAUUUCAGGAAUUGUGAGUGUAUUGUGUGAAAGUUGAAAAGCCAUGUCGAGGAGAGCAGUGAAUCCCUCUCGGAGGCUUGCCGACAACGGAAGCCUUCCUUUUUCCGGGGCAUUGCAUCAGAAGCCACGAACUUCGCCAUUGUUGCCCAUUGGACUUGUAGUUUUGGGUGCCUUUCUUCUGAUUGCUUAUUCUUAUGGCGGCCUAGGUGGAUUUGGUGGCGCUAGGGAUGUUUCCCGUGUUGGUGAAGAUGUCUCAUGCACAUCAGAAGUUAUACAAGCGAUACCAUUUCUAAAGAAAGCAUAUGGUGACAGCAUGCAAAAAGUUCUACAUGUGGGACCUGAAACUUGUUCUGUGGUCUCUAAAUUGUUGAAAGAAGAGGGAAUUGAAGCUUGGGGUAUUGAGCCUUAUGAUCUAGAGGACCCAGAUAGUAGUUGCAAGAGCCUUGUCCGCAAGGGUGUCGUGCGUGUUGCUGAUAUCAAAUUUCUUCUACCUUACCGACCAAAAUCAUUUUCUCUGGUUUUAGUCUCUGAUGCAUUGGAUUACCUGUCUCCGAAGUACCUGAAUAAGACCCUUCCAGACUUGGCAAGAGUAUCAUCAGAAGGUCUUGUUAUCUUUGCAGGUUAUCCAGGUCAACAGAGAGCUAAAGCUUCUGAGCUAUCAAAGUUUGGAAAGCCCGCUAAACUCCGGAGCUCAACAUGGUGGAUAAGAUAUUUUGUUCAGACUAGCUUAGAAGAGAAUGAAGCAGCUGCAAAGAAGUUCGAGCAAGCUGUGAACAAGCGCUCUUACAAACCUAGCUGCCAAGUUUUUCACCUCAGCUCAUCACAAUGAUGUUGCCAUUGCCUCACAUUAUUCAUUGGUCACAACAGCUUCUAUCCUCCUCAAGACCUUGCCAGUACAUCUUAUUCAGCUUUGAUUUAAUAAAAGAGACAUUGUUUAGCUUUCUGGUGUUACACACCAAUUGUGAGGUCAUGUAUUUGUUUGUUGAGAAGCUACCUCUUGUUCCAUACCAUUAUAUGGUUUUUCACUUUUUUGAUGUAUUCAUGUAUAGAAAAACUGGUGCGCGGUUGAAGACUUACACUUGGCUUGGCCUGGUUUUCUUA